CGACUUCAGUCUGAGGCUGUUGAUCGCCACUUGUGGACGUGGUCGCUCAAUCCUGCUCGAUUCAUAACCGAUUUAAAACCGAUACCAUCCGAUACGACGUGCGUUCUAAUUUUUUUGCAGUUGUUAAAUGUUUUAAUUGACGCGUAACGGAUGUAAAGCGAUCUCCGGAUUCCCAACAUGACGGAUAAAGAAAAUGAAAUACAGCCUGCUGCUGAACCUGUGGCUGAACCAGUGUCUGCUCCCGCGGCCGAAAUAGUUCCUGCAAGUCCCUCACCGAGAACAUCGGUGACCGUUGACUCCGCUCCAAGUGAUUCCGCUGCAGUAGAGAUCACCCCAAGUGUUGCGACCGUUGAAGACACUACUCCGAUUGCAGCCCUUGCUGAGAGCACACUGUCUGGCAAGAGCAACGGCAAAUCAUUGACGGAGGCCAAGAAGCUGCCCGAGAGCUCCACAGAACCGCAGAAGAAUGGCAAGGAGCCCGACCAAAAUGGCAAGGAACUGGUGGAGGCCAAUGACUUCAAGAACGUCUCUGAGGCUGAGGGUCAGCAAAAGAAACUGCCCUACCCCAAGUCCGUGUUCUUCAUCAUCAGUAACGAAUUCUGCGAACGAUUCAACUACUACGGCAUGAGAACUGUUUUGGUCCUGUAUCUGAGUCGAGUUCUGGGCUAUUCUGAUGACACCGCUACCGUGGUCUUCCAUGUCUUCACAAUGUUUGUGUACUUCCUGUGCGUUUUUGGAGCCAUCAUUUCGGACUCUUGGCUGGGAAAAUUCAAGACUAUCCUCUAUUUAUCGAUAGUGUACAUAGCCGGAUCGGUGCUGCUGACCCUAGGUGCCAUUGGACCACUUAACUUGCCCAUUGAGACGUUCACGAUGCUGGGUCUGGCACUAAUUGCCCUUGGAUCAGGUGGCAUUAAACCUUGUGUGUCGGCGUUCGGUGGCGAUCAAUUUAAGGUGCCGGAGCAGGUGAAGCAGAUCACUUCGUUCUUCUCGCUCUUUUACUUUUCGAUCAAUGCCGGGUCGCUGAUCUCCACUUCGGUGACCCCGAUACUGCGCGAGGACGUCUCCUGCUUUGGCGACAUUAACUGUUAUCCAUUGGCCUUUGGAGUGCCCGCCGUACUUAUGAUUGUCUCGGUGAUCAUCUUCGUUUUGGGGCGAUCCCUGUACAAGAUGAAGCCUCCGGCCGGCAAUAUGGUUGUGCUUGUGAGCAGUACCAUCUGGACAGCCAUUACCACCAAAUGCAAGGAGAAAAAGACAAAUCCAAGGGAGCACUGGCUGGACUAUGCCGAUAGAAAGUACGACCGCCAGUUGAUCGACGAUGUGAAGGUCCUAAUGCGAGUUCUCUUCCUCUACCUGCCACUUCCGGUCUUCUGGGCACUGUUCGAUCAGCAGGGUUCCCGUUGGACCUUCCAGGCCACCCGAAUGGACGGCGACAUGGGCUCCUGGGACAUCAAGCCCGACCAGUUGCAAGUGCUCAAUCCUCUGCUUAUCUUACUCUUCAUUCCGUUGUACGAUGUGGCCUUCUAUCCGGUCCUGAGACUAGUGGGCAUUCGACGACCGCUGCAGAAACUCACCAUGGGCGGCAUCCUUGCGGGCAUUGCUUUCAUAAUUUCCGGAGUGGUGGAGCUUAACUUGGAGAAAACCUAUCCCGACCUGCCCUACAGCCAGAACCUCCAGCUGCGCAUCUUUAACGGGGACAACUGCGCCUACACCUUCACCUCGAACAUUCCGGGAGUGGAAAGUGUGACGAUUCCCUCGUUAAAUGCCUAUACCAACAAGGAUAUUUAUGCACCCGGUGCGCUGGACAUACAGUACUCCAUCAUCAGUACGGAUGAAGCGUGCGACAUUAGCGCCAACCAAGUAUCAAGAUCGUUAACUGAUAAGACGGCUUGGUCUCUGUUCCUCAGCCCGCAGAAUGAUAGUCGUUACUACUGGGAGGAGGACUUUGUGGACAAGCCGAGCGAGAGCCAUCCGCUGAUCCGAAACGUGGCCAAUGUGCCGCAGGAGCUGACGAUUCGUUGGCAAAGUGUUUCCAAGGGAGAGGUGGCCUAUGACGAGUUGGCUAGCAAAACGCUGCUCACACGUGUGAAUUCGGCCGAGUACGAUGUCACGGUAGAUGGAAAGCCCGUCGGGACAUUCUAUGUCCACACCGGCGGCGUCUACACACUCCUGAUUACAGAAAACAACAACAAUUAUGUGGCCAACUUGGUGGAAGUGACGAGCCCCAACUCAAUGAACAUCCUGUGGCUGGUGCCGCAGUACGUGGUGAUGACCCUCGGUGAGGUGAUGUUCUCGGUGACGGGACUGGAGUUCUCAUACGCACAGGCGCCUCCUAGCAUGAAGAGUGUCUUACAGGCCUGUUGGCUGCUAACGGUGGCCUUCGGCAACGUCAUCGUGGUCAUUAUUGCCGAGGCCGCCUUAUUCGAAUCGCAGGCCAGCGAGUUCUUCCUGUUCGCCGGCCUCAUGUUCGCUGACAUGCUGCUUUUUAUGGUGAUGGCCUACUACUAUGUGCCCAACGAUCCCAACAAGGAGGAGGAGGCCCAGCCCCUGACGGCGGGCGAUGCCAAGACAGAAAUCCCCGCUAUUGAAAGCGGAGUCGAGAACAAGGGCAAGGACAUCACCGAGUAGACCUCAAUACGAUUAGUCCUGCUUGCUCCCGCGUUGUGUAUUAUAUAUAUUUGUACUUGUAGAUGUGUAUAUGUGAAUUCUUAAUGACCUUUGUCCAUUUCCAAGCUAAGUGUAAGUGAAGCUGCGAUCGGGCACUGUUGCAUAUGAAAAGACAUCCAACUAGUUAAUCUAAUAAAAGAAAAGUAAAAAUAUAA